CGGCACUUGGGCUGUUCCUGUCGCCGCAGAGGAGGGUUCAUCUGGGGAUCCCGGCGGCCUGGGCGCUACCAUUCGCCACGCUCGUCCGCUCGCGCCCCCCCGCCUCCGCGGACGCGGUGGUAGCGGCUGGAGCGCCGCGUCACCCAUUGUUUACAAACCGAGCGCAGCGGGCUGCGCUCCAGCUUCACCAGCAGCCGCGUGUGCGUGUGAGCGAGCGGGGCCGGCCAUGCCGUGCCGGCCGGGCGAGCGCUUCCUGCUGCUGGAGCGCGCCGUGGGCGUGGGGCCGGCGGGGUCCAAGGAGGUGGACGCGCUGGUGGCCAAGCUGGGCGAAGUGCUGCAGCUGAGCGCGCAGCGGGCGCCGGCCCCCCGCGGCCCCGCCAGCGCCCGCGACCGCGCCGCGCCCUACUCCCCCGCCGGCCGGCCGCCCGGCGCCGCCGAGCCCCCGCGCCCGGACCCGAGCAGCCAGCGCGGGGCCAAGCAGCUGUGCGGCCGGGGCUGGCUGCGCAGCGCCGCACGCCGGAGGAAGCAGCCGCCGCCGGGGCGCGGGGGGGACGACGAGGACCCGCACCGGCUGCUGCAGCAGCUCAUCCUCUCCGGGAACCUCAUCAAGGAGGCCGUGCGGCGCCUGCAGCUGGCAGCGGCCACAGCGAGCGGCGGUGGGGAGGCGGCGGCGGGCGCGCUGCAGCCCCUGCAGUAGCCGCGCGGCGGGCGGGCGGGCGCGGGGAGGCGCCGGGCGUGGCUGCGGACCAGGACUGGGCGCCCGCCCGCCCGCCCGCCGUGGACUGUCAGCCCCGGGCUCUGCCCGCCCCCACCCCGGCCGGGGCAGCCCUGCGGGGCCGGGAGCGCGGAGGAGUCGCCGGCUUGUUGUGCUUUUUCCCCCCCUGCCGUUCCAGGAGCUCCGCCCCUUGCCGCGCCGCGGGGGGCUCCCUCCCGCGCCCCUUCCCCGCCCGGCUGGCCCGAGCCGUUGGCAGCAAUCCUCCGUCCCCCUCAGGGAGGAGGCGCGGGGUGUCUCUUUGGAGAGGGCUUGUUUUCCAUUGUGACUGAGGAGCGGGUUGACCUGGGAAUCUCCCCGCGGGGAAGUGGCUGGACUGAGCCUGGGCAAGAGCCGCCAGCAAACCACGUCCGAGGCGCGCUGGACACCGGAGGUAGCGCCCGAGACACCUGCCCGCAGGCAGACACAUGCUCACGCACCCACAGACUCGCGCACGUGCGUGCCGGAGAGAUGCUGUUUUUUGUUGGUCUUUUUUUUAAUAAAAGAAAGAAAGGAAGAAAAAUAGACCUUCCCAAUGGCUGGCUGACAAGCAGCUGUUGAUUAAAAAUCUCUACGCUUCGUACCGGAGUGUCCAAAUUGUGUUCCUGGGUCACAGGACUCCUUUGUCUAAAUGAAAAUGUCUGUAUUGAAUAAACGUGGUCUUGUUUUUA